GGGAAAGGCGAUCCGUUUUCUACUCCACGACCCAACGCCUAUAUAUAAAAACUCUCAGAAUAAAGAUCUCACUUCAAAAAAGUUCAGUACAGUGUACUCUCUCUAGAUUUUUUCUUAUUCCUCUCCGAUCAGAUAUGAACUGUCUUCAGAAUCUUUCAAGAUCCUCUGCCUUGCCUUUGCAAAGCUUCAAAGGACAUCGGAGAAAGACUCCCUGCUCUGUCAACACACCGGGAGUGAUGAGUAGUGCUGGUCUACAACGAAGUAUGGCGGUCAAGGCAAUAUCGGGUCCCACGUCCAGUGCUGAGACAAGUGGUGCUGAUGUAAAGGAGGAAAAGUCAGACACAUAUAGUAACAAUAUGACAGAAGCUAUGGGUGCUGUCUUGACCUACAGGCAUGAACUAGGAAUGAACUACAACUUCAUUCGUCCAGAUUUGAUUGUGGGAUCAUGCCUACAGACUCCCAAAGAUGUAGACAAACUUCGUGGUAUUGGAGUGAAAACUAUUUUUUGCUUGCAGCAAGAUUCAGACUUGGAAUAUUUUGGGGUUGACAUUACUGCCAUACAUGAGUAUACUAAAACAUAUGAUGACAUUGAACACCUGCGUGCUGAGAUAAGGGACUUUGAUUCAUUUGAUUUACGGAAACGGGUUCCAGCUGUUGUUAGCAAAUUAUACAAGGCCAUAAACCGAAAUGGAGGUGUGACAUAUAUACAUUGCACUGCUGGACUUGGAAGAGCUCCUUCAGUUGUGGUAUGCAUGGAAACUUCUGAGGGUGCGGUGCACGAGACCGGGGUUUAUUCUGCAAGGUUGGCAUACAUGUUCUGGGUUCAGGGCUAUAGAUUUCGUGAAGCUCACAAAUUGCUGCUGAGCAAACGGUCAUGCUUCCCAAAACUGGAUGCUGUAAAAAAUGCGGCUGCUGAUAUUCUUACAGGCCUCAGGAAGAAGGCUGUCACUAUAACAUGGAAAGAUUUUAAUUGCUCAACGGUGGAAAUAUCUGGACUUGAUAUUGGAUGGGGUCAGAGAUUGCCUUUACAAUUUGAUGGGCAACAGGGUUUUUGGAAUCUCAGGAGGGAAUUGCCGGAAGGACGCUACGAGUACAAGUACGUUGUUGAUGGUCAAUGGACAUGCAGUAAGAAUGAGCUUUUAACCUCUGUCAACCAAGAUGGACAUAUCAACAAUUACGUGGAAGUGGUUGAUGAUAAUCCAGAGAGUGUUAGGGGGGAGCUGAGAAAGAGGUUGACCGGUGAUGAUCCUGAUCUCACAAAGGAUGAACGACUGAAAAUAAGACAGUUUCUUGAAGCUUUUUCUGAUGAUCUGCAGUAAAUGGUGAAGGCAGUUUCAAGCCGUAUAGUGUCACCAAUAAUAGCACGAAGUCCUCCUGCGCCCACCAUAAAAUUAGGAGUGAGAAGAAAAUAAAAAGUACUUCCAUAGAACAAAAUAAAGUGAGAAGCCUUAUAGAAAGUACUGUUUGGUGUUUGGGUGGGAAGCUGUUAAGAUGUACUUGUUUCUGACGUUUGAGAUGUAACUGUUAACUCAAAAUCAUCGUGAGUCAGUCCUUUUCUACAGAAUUCUUUUGUUCAAAUAAUCGAAUUUGUAUAUAUUUCUUUAGAAUAUAUAUUUUUAAUUUUAUUCUAA